GAAAGGUAGAUGUAUCAACUUUGUCCUGGGGUACCUUCACCUCUUAGAGCUCAGGUUAAAUGAAUUCAGCCUAAAAUAAAGUACAAGAUAAUCUUGAUCAUAGAUAUUUUCCUGGUAGGAAUAUGACCGAGUAAUAAUCAAAACACCAAAAAUAAUUCAACAAUGAAAUAUUAUAUUCAAUUUCUGCCAAUUAUCAAGAAAUUACCUCAAAUGGUCUUUGUUUCGAGGGAGUAUUAUGGAUUAUAUCAAGAGAUUCCCACCAAAACUACCCGCCUUUAAGCAAAUCAGUGAUAUUUUAACAACCUGUCGCGCUUGAAUAAUGACCAAUACUGUCACCAGCUCGAAGAACUACAGCCGGCAGUACUAGCAGCUCCGAGGAAUUUCCCAACGCAGGUAAAACGUGCGCUAUUUUGUUAUUGUUUUUAUUAAAUCUAUCAUUUUGGUUGACUGCUUUCGGAUAUACAGUGAACAAAGAAAGUCUACUUUUCGGUGCAUGCACAACGUGCCUGUCAAAUUCACCACUAUUAGAUAGGUUCGAUUGAAAUAUUCAUGAUGAUUCGGCCACUGUUCUUACAUUUGUUUGAAUUAUUUGAAGUUUUCACCUAAUUCUGUCUCGUAUUUAUGGUAUUUUUAUUAUCCAUGGGUACCUUCUCGAUAAACUUAGUUUAGUAAAGCAGCAUAAAUCGUAUUUCCUCGAUCAGUCAGUUUAGUAAAGAACCUCGGUGCCCAUUCACUUCGUCGUCUUUGGAAUGACAGCUUCGCUUCCUCAUUUUCGAAGUCUUCCCCCGAAGUCCUUUACCUUGGUAUGCUCUCUUUCUAUGGAUAGUGUUUACAUCGUACGCUAAAACGUUCACGGGGCUCUAAUGUGUGAUCCAAAAUUAAUAGUCAAUUAGAAAAAUUCAUGUUAAGUCAGCGAGUCAAAUAUUUUUAAAGGGUUCCAAAAAAGGCAAAUUAGCUCGUGCGAAAACUCUGAACGGUUCUUUUCGAAUUUUUCGUGAUAUUGUGUAAGUUCAUUCCGUUUGAAAGGCUUUUUCAUGGCGGAUGUGGUUUCCAAUUUAUAUCCAGAUUUUUUCCUCCACUAAACACAGUGUUCUUCUUCCAUUUCAGCGGCGGAGCUCUGAAGACAUUAUUCUGACUUGCAAAUCUUAAUGAGUGUCAUUGAAAGCCCUAAAUUAUUUAAGCUGCUCUCAUGGAUUGCAAUUGUAGCAACAACUGUUGUCGACCUUGGUAAGAAUGUUUCAGCUGAUGAAAGGUUCUACAUUGUGUUGCUGCAUUUAUAGUUUAUAUUUGAGAUUUAGGCCAUCUCUUCGUGACACUGUACCCUUUGAACUCGUUAAAUCCUGUUCCAUACCGAAUUGUGUACUUUAAGUAAGAUUCGGUAGCAUAAAAGCCGAGUUAGAGCGCUCUCUCAGAGUACUGUUUAUGAUUCAUACUGUUUUAGAUGAUUUUUUGUAUACUUAUUAUAUAAAGGUGUUAAUAGUUCCUCUAAACAGGCAUGGCCGAGUGUCCACAAUGAGAACUGAGCCUUCUGGAAGAGCCUUGAAAGAUCCUUCGUCUUCAAGACCUUUAGGUAACAGCGACAUAACUAAACUCCUGGAGGACCUAGACAAUCAAACGGAAGCCAUCAAGACUGGUCAAGAGAUAGGUGAAGAACUUUUAGGCGAAAAAAAAAACCAUACCAGAUUAAAGGAAAAUGAAGUGGAAACAAUUGAUGGUAGUUUAUUUGGUAAGUUUUGGUUCUCUAUAUGCAUAUUUUGUUUGCCAUUUAUCAGAAAUUAGGUUUUGGUCCACUCUUAAGUCCCUGUGAAGAGAAAAUUUUCCUCAGAAACAGGAAAGGGCUAAUAUCAAGUAUGGAUAAUAUUUUGUCAUUUUUAUCCCUUAGAGUAUUCUAAUGAUGAUAGCAAAGGAGAAGACUUUCCAGAGGAAGUCAAAGGUACCGUAUAUCAGUGUGUUAAUCUGAAAGAGAAAAGGGAGGGAGAGGUAGCAGAGCCAACGUUUUUAAACGUUGGCUCUAAAAAGCCUGGCUCUGACGUUUAGAGUGGUAAAAUAGAUUCACAAGUAGCAAAAUAGACUCAUUAUUCAUAAUCAUUGUUCAGUUUUGCCUGUGCAACAAAAGAUCUUGUAUUCAAGACAUAUAUCCUUCACCUUCUUCUGAUAGCCUGUGAAUAAUUGUGGAUAAUAGUUAAAAAAAAUUUUAUUUUGAAUGUAAACAGACGACUCCUCACAAGCUGUGAGUAUAACAGGAGCUCCUGCGCUGGUCGAUAGAGACGGAGUUCCAGACAAAACAACAGCCCUUGAGAGCGGGGCUUCUUAUUUAGCUGGCAAGCCCCUGUUGAUGCUCAAUAACAAAAGUGAAGACCUAGAUGUAAGCAAAUGGUUUCUGUACUACCCAAUCUCGACGGAAUCUGAUGAGCAAAGAGCAUAAUCAUUAAGCGUUAUUAUUGCAACGUAUAUGUAGUUGUGUACGUCGAACGGUAUUUGCGAGAACUACAUUUCUCUUGUUAGUUCUUUGUCUCAUGAGAAGUCGAAUUUUGGAUAAGAAACACAAGGUCUCAGCGCUGGUUUAGGAGGUAAAGCACCUCGAGGAUAUCAAUAUUCCUUACAACUGAAUCUGUGAAUAUUUUCUGAAAUCAAGUAGUAAUUUUAACACAGUCUGCAUGGGGAGGAGAUAGAAUAGACUGAUUCCCACCAAACUCGUUUGUAAAAGAGGAACGUUUACUUUCCUGCUUCGAUAAGGCCGUCAUUCAUCCAAUACUAGUAAAGGACCUUAAUACAUGAAGUAAACAGCUACCAUGCUCAAACGCCCAUAUUUUCAGAGUAGUCUUACUUUGUAGAAACUAAUAGUAAUGCCUCGCUUCUUCCAUUUUUGAGUUGUCUUUCCAGCAUUACGGCUUUGUUCCAUUCCACACUGAGUGGUCCUUUCUACGUUUUACCGUUCUACUCGACGUUUAUUUGAAUUAACAUUGUUUAAUGCAACAACUUAACUAAAAUUGUUAAAAAAUUUAUCUGCAGCAAAACUCUGAGUCAACCUUUUUUUCACGCCGACCAUUCAAAUAUGGAACAAGCGAAAUCAUUCAUGUAAAAAAAACCCAGCUAAAUGUAAAUCAUUUUUUAUUUUUGUUUAAAGAGAAAUAAGGAGAAAUAACAAAGUGCGCAUAAAAGUGAAUAUCUGAAAAUCACAUAUAUGAACCUCGGAUUAAGUACCGAAUAUGAAAGCGAUCUUCGCAAUAAUGAACACUACUUGAGCAGUGGUGUAAAUAAGGACUGAAAAAAAUUCAGGCCUGUACGGGAUUCGUACCCAUGUCCUCUUUGAUACCGGUGCAGUGCUCUACCAAGUGAGCUAAAAAGCCACCUGGGAGUUGGUCAUUAUAUUGGUUCUUAAUAAAAGUGAAUUGAUGGAUAAUGAAUGUGAAUAUAUGGUUAGCUCAGUCGGUGAAGCUGGUACUUACGUUACAUAAUAUAAGUUCAUAUUUACCUGAUGAUUCCUAUUCCACUUUGUUCUUUUUUCAUCUAUCCACUUGUUUUUUUUCAAUAACAACAUUACAGUGGCAGAUCAUCUUAGUCCAAGGGAAAGGAACUCCCCUCACUCAAUUUAUCAGAUCUGUGGGUUUUUUUUUAUUACCUG